CUGCGCCACAACGCUGACUUCUAACACGCUGGUUUUCGCCGUGCAGAUGAUCACCGCCGCUGUUUGCCACGUGUUGCUGCCUCUUCUGCAGACGGUAUGCACCGUGGCACCAAUGGAGCAUGCGCCAUCGUUCUACCACUACCCAAAUCAGAUUGCCGUUCCGCUUGUCUUAACAUUGCCGGAGGAACGCACAACGACACCCGACUACUGGAUGCUCCAGCCAUCGUGGGAUUCCGCAUCGAAAGGGACACUGUCAAGUCCGCCAACUAUAAAGGAGCAGCGACCAUCGCGACCGCUUUGUGGGCUCGGUGGCUGCGCCACAACGCUGUCUUCUAACACGCUGGUUUUCGCCGUGCAGAUGAUCACCGCCGCUCUCUGCCACGUGUUGCUGCCUCUUGUGCAGACGGUAUGCACCGUGGCGCCAAUGGAGCAUGCGCCAUCAUUCUACCACUACCCAAAUCAGAUUGCCGUUCCGCUUGUCUUGGCUUCGCCGGAGGAACGCAUAUCGACACCCUACUACUGGAUGCUCCAGCCAUCAUGGGAUUCCGCAUCGAAAGGGACACUGUCAAGUUCGCCAACUAUAAAGGAGCAGCGACCAUCGCGACCGCUUUGUGGGCUCGGUGGCUGCGCCACAACGCUGACUUCUAACACGCUGGUUUUCGCCGUGCAGAUGAUCACCGCCGCUGUUUGCCACGUGUUGCUGCCUCUUCUGCAGACGGUAUGCACCGUGGCACCAAUGGAGCAUGCGCCAUCGUUCUACCACUACCCAAAUCAGAUUGCCGUUCCGCUUGUCUUAACAUUGCCGGAGGAACGCACAACGACACCCGACUACUGGAUGCUCCAGCCAUCGUGGGAUUCCGCAUCGAAAGGGACACUGUCAAGUCCGCCAACUAUAAAGGAGCAGCGACCAUCGCGAUCGCUUUGUGGGCUCGGUGGCUGCGCCACAACGCUGACUUCUAACACGCUGGUUUUCGCCGUGCAGGUUAGUGCUCAAUACAGCCUUUUUAAUAAGAAAUCUAGCGAUUAUUGUUUGGUGCAGCUCCCGAGCCCCCAGUGCUGCCUUGCUCUGUUUGGUGAAUGUGUACAUGUCAUGCAGUCUUUGCUGUUGCUGUCAGGGGAUGUGGAAACCAAUCCAGGGCCUAGUAUGAACGAUGUUCUCGCUGAGCUACAGAAGCUGACAGCCGGGCAAAGCAAGCUAAUCACUGAGGUGCAAAGCCUAAAGAAUCAAGUUAUGAGCACCGAUAAAACACUGACGGACCUAAGUAAGCGAAUGACGGAACUUGAGCAACACUACCAGGCACUCAUGCCCUUACGAAACGAAUUAGAGGCAGUGCAUGCUGCUACUGGCGAAACUGGUCGCCUGGUGUCUAACCUCGAGAGCCGCAUAGACGACGCUGACAACCGGUCUCGUAGAAAUAACUUAAUAUUGUAUGGCAUUCCCGAUUCCAACCCUUCUGAAACUUUUACGCAGUCCGAAAAAUUAUUCAUUGAUAACAUUCGUGAGCACAUGCACAUAAGCCUUGAUGACAAGGAAAUUGAGCGUGCCCACCGGCUGGGACGGUACUCACCUGGCCGUAACCGCCCCAUCAUAGUGAAAUUUGCGCUCUACAAAACUAAAGAAUUAGUCCUGGCUGGCGGUCGUAAGUUAAAGGGGACUAAUUGUGCAAUUGGCGAAGAUUUUUCACCAGCCGUUCGAAAUGCCCGCAAGCAUCUUACUGCUUUCGGCAAAAGUAAAGGAACGCCCUUCAAACUACGUUUCAAGACACUUGUCAUAGGAUCGAAACGCUAUGAAUAUGAUGAAUCAUCCAAUACCGUUAAACAGAGUCAUUAGCAAUCAAAGCGCAACAGAGGCUCACGAAACCCUCGCCCUAUUGCCACAACGAAUAAGCUUUCCUUAUCUGUUAUUUUCACUAACGCCCGUAGUUUUCUUCCAAAGCGUGAAGAGAUAUCAAGUCUUGUUUCUUCAUCUAGCAGCAAUUUACUAAUCAUAACAGAAACGUGGCUCACGGGCGCCAUCAGUGACAACGAGGUAUUAUCAGACUUGCCAAACUUCGAAGUUCAUCGUCAUGACCGCCUAGGAACACGAGGUGGGGGAGUUUUUAUAGCAUUCAGCAAGCAAUUACCUUGCACAACAAUUGCACCUCCUGCUGGCCUCGAGAUAGCCUGGCUACUUCUCCGCUCAUUCCCACAGGCUGUCCUGCUGGGUGUCUGUUAUCGACCCCCUGUUAACAGCCCCGAUUUUCCUGCAAAGUUAAACAGCGUUUUGUGCCAGGUUACAGCUGCGCAUCCUAAUGCUCAUAUUCUUUUAUUCGGCGACUUUAACUUCCCUGGUAUUAACUGGCGUAAUCUAUCUUCCGGAGCGUCAACUAACGCUGAAGCUAGAGAUUUCAUCGACGUCUGUUUAAAUUUUAAUCUUUCACAG